AGCGGCCCUGCCGCCCAGUUGCGGCUUCUCCGCUGGAUCGUCAGGACGUGGACGCAACGCAAUCUGCCAGCCGAAUGACAACACAAGACAACGGCGAAGCCCGGACGGUUGGAUAGUUGUUCAAACUUUUCUCAUCUGGAAUCCAGUUCAGUGCCGCCGCCGCCUCCGCCGGAUUAUACAUUCCAGUUCCGCUGCUCCCGAGCUGAUGUGUUCAGUCUGACAGGGCUUUUCUCUAUACACACACAGAGACACGCUGGGGUUAUAUAUCAUCGAUCGGAACGGCGGACGGGCCAAACUGAAGCUGCAGAAAACCCAAACAGGACGGCCAACUGAAGCCCAGCAGCUCAGUCUUCUCUUGCAAGCGCGUGCCGCCAGUCGAAACAACUAGCAGUUGCGUGUUGGUCGUCGUCGUCGUUUGUGUGUGUGUGUGUCUACGAACUUGCGCCUGUGCGGACCCCCACUCUGUCUGUGUGUGUUGGUGUUUUGUGUGUAGGCUAUGUGUGUGUUAGAAUGUGACUGUUUGCAGUCGACAAGAAGGAUCCGCACCGGAUAUUGAACCGGAAACCUCUCUCUCUCCCCUCCUAGUCGCCCCAAUAAGUAAUAAGUGGCAAAGAAAUACCAGACAAAAGGUUUUUUUCUUAUUUAACUAGGUCGUUUGGCUAUUACGGAAAGUGAUGUAAUUUUAGAUUGGAAAAAGAAAAAAAAAACGAGAUUACGUACACAGCCAACGAGAUUUUUCCGAUCAUCUCCACGUUGCCAGCAGAUGCCUAUAGAUGCAAUUGCCAAAUGCUCUGCCGGUUUGUGACAUUGGGGCCGACAUUUCUAAUUGGAUUAUUCUUUUGACUGGGUCUUCAAGUUGAUGAGGACGAGCUAAAAGGUCAACAAUUUCCCAUCGCCUCGCCCAAAGUGUGUAGCGAUUAAAGAACUCUGACAAACUCCAUCCUAAAAAAGAGACUGGAACCAACAAACAAACUACCAAAAAAAGAAAAACCAAAAUUAAAUUUCCAACAUGGAAUCGACGCUGUCGGUAGAUAAAAGCCGGCCAGCCGUGCAGCAGCAGCAACAGCCGAAACAGCCGAAACAAGUCGAAUUAGCCGAAUCUGAAGACGUCAGUCAUAACAGCCUCGUCAACGAGUCUGGCAGUUAUGAGCGUCAUGGCUCUUCAUCAUCUGGGCAACAGCUGGGCGCCCAGCAGCUUCCUCUCGAGCCCGGGCUACUCGUCUCGUACCAAGUCAAAGCCACCAAAUCGGUUCUCUUUGACACCCGUUCCACGACUCACGCUCACAACAAAAAAGUCCAAUCAGUGGCCGACUGUUGGCGCUGGAUGGUGCGCGGAAGCAAUCUCGUCAAAGUUCGACCCAACGGUCGUACUUACAAUCGCUUCUUUUCACUCGACGAGGACCUCUCUUGCAUCCGCUGGGUCCCCACCAGCAAGAAAGCAUCAAAAGCAACCGUUCCGAUUUCGAGCAUCCGUGAAGUGCGCUCCGUUCACACGUCGGAGGUUCUAGGACAAGGGACUUCAUCGGUGCCGACGUCGGGCGCAGGUGCCGCCGCCGCUGCCGCCGCCGCUUCGGCCACUUCGUCGGCUUCUUCUGUUUCGGGCGUCGGCGUCGGCUGCGGCGCUUCGUCGCUCGACUGGACCUUUUCCGUCAUCCACGGCGACGAUUUCUCCUCUCUGGAUCUCAUUGCGUCUUCAGCUGAAGAGGCCACCAUCUGGGUCACCGGCCUCAAUGCCCUCCUCGGCACCCACUUAUCGCCGAAUGCGCUGGGCGAAACGGAUGUGCUGCGAGAGCGCUGGCUGCGAGAGGCUUUCGAGAGAGCCGUUUCGGAUACUUCGGCCUCUAUCAAUGAGAUCGACAAUACCGACGAGACAUCUUCCAACGCCUUACUCAACCUAGACCAAGAUGCUGCCAUGGCUCUCCUGAAAGAGAUCAACGCCGACUUGGCUGCCAGCCGAAUACGUCAGAAAAUGGCGGAGUUUGACUCGAUGAAAUCUCCCGCCGAUCGCGGGCGGAUCAAUAGCGACGAGUUUGUCACCAUGUUCCAAGAGAUGGCCACCCGGCCGGAAAUCUAUUUCCUUCUCAUACGCUUCGCCAAUCGUGAUUAUUUCACAGCCGACGACUUUCUCCACUUUCUCGAGUGUGAACAAGCGAUGACGGGCGUGACGUUGGAAAAAUGCUGUCAAUUGAUCCAGCUCUAUGAGCCGUCGUCGGAAGCCAGAGCAGACAAUCAACUAUUGCUUGACGGAAUGACGCGCUUUCUACUGUCGGAAGAGGGUGACAUUUUUCAUCCGCUGCAGAUGCACGUCCACCAGGACAUGACUUUCCCCAUGUGCCAUUACUUCAUUUCAUCGUCGCAUAAUACCUAUCUGUUGGAGGACCAACUGAGGGGACCUUCGUCGGUGGAAGGCUACGCUCGCGCUCUCCAGAGCGGAUGCCGCUGCAUCAAAAUCGACGUGUGGGACGGUCCCGAAACGCCCAUUGUCUAUCACGGUAACACAUUGACUACCAAAAUCGCCUUCUCCGAUGUAGUGUCUGUCAUCGCCCAAUUCGCCUUCGAAGCCUCCAAGUAUCCACUUUUCGUCCACUUGGAGAACCACUGUUCAAUAUCGCAACAGAAAACUGCCGCCCGGAUCAUAACCGAACUCUUUGGAUCAGCCCUUCUGAGAGCCUGCGACAAGCCUCUGACUUCAACCAGUCCGGAAGAUCUCGUUGGCAAAAUCAUCAUUUUCGGCAAGAAAUUCGGGAGCGAUCAGAUGGAAGACGGCGGAGAAGUGACGGACGAGGACGAAGGAGCCGAAACGAACCGGACCCGAGCCGGGCGGGUGGGGCAAGCCUCGCGUCGGCUGCGGAUUUGUCGCGAGCUAUCUGAUCUGAUUGCCUUGAAUCGUGGCAGCAGCAUUAAAUUACCCAGCAGUCGCGACAAAAAAAUAUUGCAGCAGUGCGGCUAUUCGCUGAGUGAAAGCGCAGCGUCUCGAUUGCACGCCAGCAGUCCCGGGAUGUGGACGGAAAUGGUCCAGCGCUCAUUGCUGCGCGUCUUCCCCAAUGGCAGCCGAGUCGAUUCCAGCAAUUUUAGUCCACUAGAAUUCUGGAAUGCCGGAGUGCCGAUGGUUGCGCUCAACUUCCAAACUCCCGGUCUGAUGAUGGAUUUAUACGAUGGCAAGUUCCGCCAGAACGGCGGAUGCGGAUACGUUCUCAAGCCUGCCAUGAUGCGCCAGCCCGGCUUUAGCGUUCCGUCAAGCCUUAGAGAAAGUGCGCCCAUUUCACCGCCUCAGCUUCUGCGAAUCCGGAUUAUUAGUGGCCAGCAACUGCCCAGGCCAAGAGGUUCGGCUGCCAAGGCGACUAUUGUCGAUCCUUAUGUACUUAUUCAAAUCUAUGGCAUUCCAAUCGACUGUGCCGAGAGAAAGACGCGGACGAUUCCUGACGAAGGGGAUUGUCCCAUCUUCGAAGAAAGUCUCGAGUUUUAUAUUCACCAUCCGGAAAUGGCGCUCAUCCGUUUCAUUGUUCUGGAUGACGAGUUUAUCGGCGACGACUUUAUCGGCCAGUACACCAUUCCAUUCCCUUGCAUUCGGCCCGGCUACCGACAUGUUCGAUUAUUAUCCAACUUGGGCGAGGCGCUGGAAAACACGACGCUCUUCGUUCACGUUGCAGUCAGCGAGAAAUGGGCGGGAGAGUUAUUACCCAAGAACCGUAGCAAACACGGCAAGAAACAAGCAGUGAUUCGAAUGACCGGCUUAAGGCAGCUCGACGAACAUUUCAAGAGUUCAAUCGGAGCCAUGGUGGAAUCGUCGAGGGCUCGCAACAACGUUGCCCAGGCGUUAUUCGAGCUCCGCUCCGAAUGCGGUCUUCCCAUUACGUCCAACGUCAAGCAAUGUCUGCGCGUUCUGCUCCAGCGCUUAGCCAAUUGCCCGGAAGUCGUCAGCUGUCAACUCAGCUCAGAGAAUGUGUUUCCCGUUUUGAAAAUUGAGACCAAUAGCGGAGGCGGCGUGAGCAGCGGCGGCAACGGAUUGGGCAACUUACCAACACCUCUGUACCGUACGCUGGUGGCCUUUGAGAAAUCGAUACUGGAAUGCCACUUUUUGAGGGACAAGAGCCCUGCCAUCUUACGUGAGUUGGAAGAAGUCCUGCAGGCCCUGUCCCAAUUUCCCGACCAUCUCGACACCCUGAUCGAACAGGCCGGAUUAAAAGGAAAGCAAUCGGCUCGGGUCUACGACGUCCACGGAUGGAACCUAAGCCUCAUCACCACUCACGUGGAAUUACUCCGUCAGUGCCAAAGGGAUUGCGGAUUCAUCCUCGAUCAGAUCCGGAGCGCCAACAUUUCGCUGGACGGAUUGAUCCGACACAAUUCUGAGCGAUGCUCCCAGCAUCUUCAGGUGGUGUUGUCGUCGUCAUCCGGAUUCGGGACUGGCGAUGAAUCAGGAGGCGGUCCGCUAUCUUCGACGUCAUCGCCGGCCCGCUCCAACGGCAACGCUGCCCACUUGCAGCUCUCCAGAUGCACCACGUCACCGAUGCAGGCGAAUAGUGAAGACGUUCAGAAGCUGUCCGAGCCCAAGUUGAAGGGAAUCCUGAAAAAAUCCAGCUCGGCUCAAGACAUUACAGCCCCGACGGAUGGGUACGUAAUAACAUCUAAUCACGCUGGCUCAGCAGCCGCCGCAACAGCAGGCCAUAGCCCCCACAACCUGUACAACAGCAGUCCCAGUCCAAGUGGUAGUAGCUGUACCGUAGCGCCGCUUGCAUCCAUGGCCAGCAGCAUUAGCAGUAACAGCAGCGAUGACGGUGCAGCCACAUCGGCUUCUUAGGUAUUGAAUCCACACUCUCUCUGGAUGGAUGCGAUCCAUCCGCAUCCAUCCACGCGUCAUACCCUGCUCAUUUCGUCGAUUGUUCGAUUUCAUAACCAUUCCAUCAAAAGAUACAAUGCUGCUUCCUUCAAUAAGGACUUUGGGACACCUUCCUAUAUAAUCACGACACGUUUGAUUCAGUCAUCGCCACCGAAUCAUUCCGGCCUAUUCAUUGAAGAGUGCAAUAGUGCAUUUUGAGUAGAUAUAGGCCUUCAUAAUAUUACUUCACUAGUCCAUCUAGUCUCUCCUUUUUUUGGUUGCCGUUCUCAAUGGAUAUUUUUGUUUGUUCUUUUUAUUUUUGGUUGUCGUUUCUGGUACCGUAGUUUGUCUGUUAGCCAAAAUUUGAU